AUGGUUUCGAAUGGAAAUUUACCAAAAAAAAUUUACAAUGGAGAUAUAAUUCCAAUACAUCGUCGAGCAUAUCAAGUAUCAAUUCAACUUCAAAAGUACCACAUUUGUGGUGGUGCAAUUAUUUCUGAUAAUCAAAUUUUAACAUCGUCAAGCUGCGUCUUGGCAGAUCGUAGUGUUGCAUAUGGUAAUUUGAAAAUAUUGAGUGGAACAAAUGAUCUUAUGACAGGUGGAAAAAUUCAUCAAGUUGCAUAUACAAUAUUUCAUGAAGACUACAAUCCACAUGAUUUUUGGACCAAUGACAUUGCAAUUCUUGUAUUAUCAUCAAGCUUAGAAUUUAAUGCAAUAUGUCGUCCAAUUGAUUUAGUGAAAAAAUUUUCUUUUUCAAAUAAAUUUCGUUUAACUGGCUGGGGAAUUAAUCCAACAACAAAUGACAUAAUACAAUAUCUUCAAGAACUUGAAAUUGUAUCAAUAUAUCCCCGUCGACAAUGUGAGUUAAAAUAUUAUAAUGAAAUGAUUUUACAUAAAUCGCAAUACUGUUUAUUACCGAAAUCAGAAGGCAGCCAAAUAACACAGGGAUCUGGUGGAAGUCCUAUCAUAUCAGGCCAUCAAGUUGUUGGAGUACUUUCAACAGUUGAUACACGUCCUAAUUAUCCGGCAAUUUAUACGCUCGUAAAUGGAAAUUUACCAAAAAAAGUUUCCGGUGGAGCACCAGUUUCGACACGUCGUCGACCAUAUCAUGUAUCAAUUCAACUUCAAGAUUUUCAUAUAUGUAAUGGCAUUAUUAUUUCUUCUAAAUACAUAUUAACAGCCGCAAGUUGUGUAGUAGCUGACCGUAAUAAAUUUUAUGGUAAUAUUCAAAUUUUAAGUGGAACAAAUGACCUCACAGAGAAUGGAGAAAUUCACAAAGUAGCAUAUACAAUAAUUCAUGAAGAAUAUGAUCCUCAUAAUUUUUGGAUUCAUGAUAUAGCUAUUCUCAAAUUAGAAGAUGAAAUAAAUUUUGAUAAAAUUUGUAAAAAAGCAAAAACACCAGAGUAUCGUUUUACCAAUCACAAAUUGCAGGUAGUUGGAUGGAGCAUUGAUUUAUCAACUAACAAUAUGAUAACAAUUCUUCAACAAAUAAGAAUACAAUCAAUGACAAAUGAAGUUUGUAAAUUAGAAUUUUUUCCUGAACAGAAAUUUCACAAAACGCAAUUUUGUGCUUUACCACUUGUUCCAACAGCUCAUAUAACUGAAGGUAAUGGAGGAAGUCCAAUAAUGUCCGGUAAAGCUGUUGUUGGAAUUGUUUCUUUAAUUUCUAUGAAACUUCAAGAUCCUGCUAUUUAUACACGUGUUUAUCAUUAUCUAGAAUGGAUAGAUUAUAUGAAAAAUAAAAUUCAAUAA